ACAAUGCCAUUUGGUGAGCUCUUAGAGCAGGUGGGCAGCACAGGGCGCUUCCAGGUCGUGCAUGUGACCCUCCUGUGUAUCCCUGUCCUGAUGAUGGCCAGCCACAACCUGCUGCAGAACUUUGUGGCCACGGUGCCGUCUCACUACUGCAAUGCCCACGCAAACCUCUCCCAGGCCCAGCUGAGCCUGGAGGAAUCGCUGCUGAUCACAGUACCGUUGGACGGGGAAGGGAGGCCGCAGCGGUGCCAGCGUUACGCUGCUCCACAGUGGCACCUCCUGGGCAAGAAUGGGACCUCCGGCUCGGGGGAUCUGGCAGAUGCUACAGAGAGUUUGGAUGCUGCCCUCCAGGAAUGCACAGAUGGGUGGUCCUAUAACAAUACUGUCAGGAGCUCCACAAUCAUAUCUGAGUGGCAUUUGGUGUGUGAUAUGCACUCAUUAAAACAAAUGGGACAAACCAUCUAUAUGGGAGGUGUGCUUGUGGGAGCUCUUCUGUUUGGAGGCCUUUCAGACAGAUAUGGUCGCCGUAUCCUCCUGCUCAUCUCUAACCUGCUGAUGGCAGUGUCAGGAACAUGUGCCGCUUUCUCCAGCUCCUUCUCCCUCUUCUGCGUGUUCCGCUUUGGUUGUGGCUUGGCUCUGUCUGGCCUGGGACUCAACACCUUCUCACUCAUUGUUGAGUGGAUUCCCACUCGCAUCCGGUCUGCGGUGGGGACAACUACCGGUUACUGUUACACGACAGGCCAGUUGAUCCUGGUUUUAAUAGCCUACUUCGUUCGGGAUUGGAGGUGGUUAACCCUGGCUAUAUCUUUGCCCUUCUAUGUCUUCUUCCUCAUUGCAUGGUGGUUUCAUGAAUCUUCAAGAUGGUUAGCCCUGAGUAACAAGACCGAGCACGCCCUCAAGAACCUCAAGAGUGUGGCCAGAUUUAACGGACGCCAUGAAGAGGCAGAAAAAUUAGACCUUAACAUGCUGCUUGAAUCCAUGAAGAAAGAGAUGUCCUGUACUCAGGGCUCCUACUCUCUCCUGGAUCUGUUCAACACACGCACCAUGAGGACAACGACACUCUGCCUCAGUGCUGUCUGGUUAUCAACCAGCUUUGCCUACUAUGGUCUUGCUAUGGAUCUGGACAAGUUUGGGGUGGACAUCUACUUAAUCCAAGUGAUUUUCGGUGCUGUUGACAUCCCCGCUAAAGUUGUCGUCAACGUGUCAAUGAGUAUAAUUGGGAGGCGUCGAUCCCAAUGUGGUGUUCUUGUCCUCGCUGGGAUCACCAUUUUACUUAACUUACUGGUCCCUUAUGAUAAACAGACGAUUCGCACCUGUCUGGCUGUUUUGGGCAAAGGUUGCCUCGCUGCAUCAUUCAACUGCUGUUACCUUUACUCUGGAGAACUGUUCCCAACAAUCAUUCGUCAGAACGGUAUGGGCUGGGUCUCCAUGAUGGCCCGAAUAGGAGCCAUGGUGGCGCCUAUGGUUCUCCUCACCAGGGACUACAUACCAUGGCUUCCAGGUUUAAUCUACGGAGGAGCUCCAAUCCUCAGUGGGCUGGCGGCAAUAUUUCUUCCCGAGACACUUGGCUCACCCCUUCCUGACACACUACAAGAUGUGGAGGAGAGGGGAUCUGGGAAAAGAUCCAAAAUGUCACCAAAGGAAACGAUAAUCUUGCAGGACAAGCAGGCGAAUCUCCUGAAGCAGAGUGCCUGA